GCAUCGGGGCUCCUUAUAACCCACUCUCCGUAGGAGAGUGGGCAGUUUUAGUGAAGUGGGUCAACUCGCCCAAGCGUACUUACUGUAGUGACAUUCCUCAGCUGUUUGUGGCAGGAGCGAUCAGUAUCUGUUAAGAAUUCCAGUUGCAGUGACUCCAGAAUUGAUGAUUCAACCUCGCAAUGCUCCUCUUUACACAUCCAUCUCUCUGCUUGUGGCAUCAAGCCGGAUUCGCACUCGCGUUUCCAGGUCGUCUUCUACCCCUCCCAACUCCAACUCUCAUGUCAGGCAUGACUGUUUUUGUCGCUCAACUGACGAGUGGAAGAACAAUGUUUAUUCCCCUUCCGAUUGAUCUUCUUUAGUAUGAAUUGGACCGAGGGCAAGCUCUACCGCCACAGCCGGGGCCGGCUGCGGCAGGCGAACCCUGCCCGGCAACGACAGAAGGAAUACUUUGCUCGCGCCCGCGCUCGGGCCGCGGAGCUCAAAGCGGCCGAAAAGAACGGCCCACCUCCAAUCUCCUUCCUUCAGUACUCGGACACUCCGUCGUCUCAACGAUCUCAUGCCUCGAACAAGUCUGGCUCUUCAUCUGGCCGCACGGGCUCACAGACGCCCAAUCGCAGGAGAGCUGAGUCUGGCAGGAAACGGGACAAAAUGACAGUGAAGACAGAGGACAUCUCGUUGCCUACAAUCAGCCGCUUCUUUCAGGAACACUCCGGGGGAGACGGUAGCAACUCGUCUAUUGCCGAAUAUGAUGAGGCGGCUCUGGAGCGGAUGAGGCAGAAGCUGCUCGCGAAGAAGGAAUAGGUGGCCCUUCGCGACCCUGCGCCGAUGCCCAUCAAACGUGCUUCCAGCACCAAAUCACUAGAUCGAAGCCCGACCGCAGCGUCACAAGGGACCAGGAAGCGGCCGUCUCACAUUGUUGACGAUGGACACGCAUCCAAACGCAGGAAACAUCUUGUAUAUCCCCUCCGCCGUGAAGACGUGAGGAUCCAGAUUGGUAGCCAAGAGAGACGGCCAGGAGAAACCUCCAGCAUCACCCGGUCCUGGGUCACGCCUCCAGUCCCCGAUUCGCAAUCUGCGCCGAGACGCCAUGCCAAGCCGCCGAACCCGAGAAGCACAAAAGGCAUGAAGUUAAGUUCUAUCGUGUU